AUGAAUCAACCAGAUAUUUUAAUUCCUAUAUCAAUAAACACUUUAGGAGUAUUUCAGACAACAGCCACCUGUACAUUUCUUAAAACACCUACUGCUUCCGAUACGAAUGGUUUGUUCUCGGAAAUAUUGUUAUCAAACUCAAAUCGAAAUGGAAACGUCACUUUUCGAUGCUCUCAAGUUGGUCAUGCAGUUCUUUUCUCUUGUCAUGACAAAGUCAAUUCAAGUAUUUCGUUCUCAGAUAGAAGUUUGAUUCAGUGCAAAAAAGCUCCUGUUGUAUCUGUUGGUCCAAAGACUAUUCGUCUCUUAAAAAAACCAACUCCUUUCAUCCAAAGAUUGAGUGUUUCAACCAGCGAGAUUGUUUCGGACACUAACGUUAUUGUGACGUGUCUGAAGAAGGGUGAAUCGAACGUUUCCCUUUCAAUAAACCCUGUCACUAUUUAUCCUGGAACAUCAACUGGUGUUGUGUCUGUUACCAUUCAAUCUAUUUCCAAUGCUCAAUCAUUUACCAUUUCAUGUACAGCACAAUCGAUUGGUGGUAAUCAAUAUACGUCAGUAACAUCUGAAGGAAGCAGUUCGACAAUUUUACUGAUAAAUGGAGAGAUUGUCCUGACACCUAGUGAUGUAAAUUUAUACGAUCUACAGUUCCAGGUCUUACUGUAUCUGAACGGAGUAAAUCAAGAUUUAGGAGUCCUUUGUAGCGUCAGUGUGGCUAAUAAUGAAACACAAGCAGACAGUUUAAUUAAUGAUAAAACAUGUGGAAUGACAUCAACUAUUGGUGCAACUUCUAACACCUGGUCUGUAACACCUUAUUUAAAUGAAUUUAAGGCAUCAUCAGUAACGAGUCGAACAGAUUCACUUGUACGUUUACUUAAUGUGAAACGUAAUUUUUACCCAACAUCUGAAUAUGAUAAUACAAUGGAAAUAUUAAUUUUAAAAUGUUGCAGUACUACACAAAAUGUUACAAUGUAUCCAGCAUUUGCUAAUAUUGUGACAACAAGUCGAAUUAAUAUUCUACUUAAAUCUGGUCUAAUUAUUAAUAAAGGAGAAGAAUUACCAACAGAUCAAACAUUUCCUUAUCCUGAUCCUGUGUGGACAGAAAUUGCUCCUUGUCCCUGUGACCUGACCGUAAAUACAUGUGACCUUGGAUGUCCAUGUGAUAAUGUGUGUCCUGUUAAUCAGUCCACAGUCAUGUCAUCAGGUUUUUUCGGUGGUUAUUACAAUCUACCAAAUUAUCAUAGCUGUGAUAAUACAAUGUUAAAUCCAACCGAAAAUCAAGCCAAUAAAAUUAAUUUAAUUCAUCGAGGUUUCACAAGAGUACCAGAUUAUCAUUCACUUUUGUGUGUUGUUACUGAUAAUAGUGCAGUGCUUGGAAAAUAUCAUCGUUCCCUUUCACCUGCGCGUAAUCUUAUUGACUUUAAUAGAAAUGCUCAAAAUGCUAAAAUUGAAUAUCCAUUAGAUCAAAGUAGUGAUCCGAGUGUUCGAGAAGUUGCUAUUGAUCAAAACAAUAAUAAACAACGUUUAUAUAUGAAUGGUGAUCCGUUACUUCUAUUGAUACAACCGAUAGUGUUAACAUCUUCAGAUGAUCCAACUAUUCUUGUUAGUCAAUUUAAUGAGUAUUUUGUUUUACCCAAUGAUAUAAACUGUGAUUUAGAAUCAAAUUUUCCAAUAGAAUAUCUUUCUGAUCGAAAUGCUUAUAAAUGUCCUAUUCGUCUAAGUCUUAUUAUUGCACGAUUAAAUCAAUUUAUACCAAGUGAAGUAAUCGCAGUCUAUCCACAAGCAACUAAAACUUCACCAGAGGAUUGGAUUUUUAUACACAGAAAUACUCCCAUCUUACAAUCGUCGACUGGAAUUGAUAAUACAUCUACAAUCGGUGCAUCGAUUGGUUUCUGUCCAAAUAUCACAUCCACCAUGUAUUUAAAGAUAUUUUCUUCAGUUCAAGGUAAAUUACAAGGAAUACCUUUACAACAAAUUAUAUCUGCUUCAAUUGAAUAUUCACAAGAAAAUUGGCAAUUAAUAUGUGAUUAUACAGUAUACCCAUCAUUCUGUAGAAAUUCAACUACUUUAAAUGAUGCACAAUAUUUUUAUCUUAGUUUGAUUGUUAUGCAUUCUGACUUGUCUGAUAAAGCUGAACAAUUAAUCAAGGAAGAACAAUUAGAUUGUGAAUUGUAUGAUACAUGCUGGAAUAAUGCAUUCUAUGCCUGGACAGGACUAAACAAAUUAUAUCGUUUAACAGGUAAAUAUGAACAAACAUUUGAAAUCGGAGUAACAUUAGGUAUAUCAAGUUUGAUCAUAAUUAUUUUAUUGAUUACUAAACCUUUCUUUUAAAAAAAAAAAUAAAAAUAGACACUUUUAUAAACG